CGCCGCCCUUCCUGAUUCAAUCAUUCCCUUCGUACGCUCCGUGUGUGCAUGUCGCUUGCUAUCACGCAACCUUGUAAAUACGUAGUCGUAGUUCGUCGGAUUAAGUUUAUCAUAGUCAUAAUUAAUUAAAAAUGUGUCUCGCUAAGGAAGAUUCACCAUCGCCGCAAAAGGAGGUUCAGUCACCUCGUUCCCCUUGGAUGAAGCUCUUAAAUCGUCAGAGCUCAAAACCAAGACUUCCACGAAAAGUGACAAGCUCCACGCGAGUGAAUCUAAACAAGUGCUGGUCGAAGCUUGGAGAGUUGAUCUCUAACUCUUCACCUCGCACUGACCUGCCAUCGCAUAAGACUGUCUAUCCCGAAGAACCCGUUUUAGUGCCGUUCUCCGAAUACUUCUAUCCCGUGGACCCGGUCAAACCGGUUCCGGUCGAAGACAACGAAAACGCCGAAAAUCAGAAUAUCCUCAACUCUAGCCGGUUUGAACUAAUCUCCGAAGAAGAGAUCAGUGACAACAUGGCCAAUGAAGUCCGGGAAAUCUGCUAUUCGGCGACCAAAACGAGCUGCUUUGUAUGUAAGCUUUGCUACUAACUCGUGCGUCUGCAAAAUCACUUUCGUCUUCCAGUAAUUUUUCAAGCAGUUUUAAUUUUGGUACUAAUGCAGUGAAAACAAAAUCGUGUCUUCCAAUAUUAGAUUUAGUGAGUGCUUUGACAGCACAUCCAUGUCUUCCAUUAGUCUUAGUGACGCGUAAUUCUUGUACAUCUUCACUCAAGUUGAUAUUGUGAUUUCAGUUUAUGUGAUUCUAGAUAUAAGCCAUAGAUAUAUUCGAGUUGAUAUUUAACAGAAAAAGAUGUACUAGAAUUUCACGUAAAUUAGUGUUUGAUAUUGUGACCAUAUAAAUUGUCCGUCAUGUUUUGGUAGACAGCUUUAAUGUCAACUGCACUGUAAUUAUCAAUGCACCGAUUUCCACCUAACUUCUUAACUUUGCUCCUUGAAGUUCAUAUUUUCAAUUAUGAUAUAUCUAUCGAAUGUCUUCCAUUAGUUUGUAAGGAUUUCGCCUGUGAUAUGAAAAGUACAUGAAUUGAAGCUUUAAUUAGAAUAGGAAAAAUAUAGAUUAUAUAAAACUAUUAGAGAGUUCGGAACACUAAGUUCAAUCGAAAUAAAUUGUAUUUAAACUGGAUUCGACAUCUUCCAUUGUAAUUUGGAUUCAUGUUUUAAUACCAAAUAUUGCAUCAAAUGUAUUCCUUCGAUUGACUUUAGUGUUAUCACCUAUUGUAGAAGAUAAAAUAUAUGAAUCACAAGAGCUUUAAUAGAAUUAAGUUAGUUAAGGAGAAACAUUAUAAUUUUCUAUACUUAUCUUUCUUUUCGCUUGUUUAUUGUCUUCGAUGUUUUCAAACGUGUAUUCGUGCAAAAGUGGGCCGAACGUGCCAAUCUUAAUCUAAGAUCUUCCGUAGUAGUAACUAUUACUUUAAGGCUUGGUAAGUUAACUGUAAGUUUAGGCUUUAAUUUUUAUUUUGUCUUAUUCUUUAGAAAAUUUUGUCGAUUUUUCCCUCGUAUCAAUUACUAAGUUAAGUUUAUCUUUUUAUUAUUCUUACUUCUAUUCUUGUAGUUUAGUUUAAGAUUAGUAUAUAAACCAUUUUGUAGACUGAUUGUUAAGUAACUUCAUGACUUUCGUUUGAUCUCCGAAUCUUAAUAAAGAUACU